GUCUGAUGCAGCAACGUCAUUACGUUCACACACUUUGUCUAGUGAAGUUCAAAGGUAACUAAAACGCGAUAUAAUGAUCGAUUCGAAACCGCCGGCGUUUACGAAUCUCAAUGAUUACGCUAAGGAAGAUGUUGGAGCUAAAGUGCUAUUCGCUACCGACGAUUUCUUCGCAAUAUGCGAUAAUAUGUUACUCAACACCGAACCGGUGUUUUUAGCUGAUAAGUACACUGAAUAUGGGAAGUAUAUGGAUGGAUGGGAAACUAGGAGGAAAAGGGUUGCUGGCCACGACUGGUGUAUUAUAAGGCUUGCUACUAUUUGUUCUAUUAAAGGUUUAUUGAUCGACACGGCGUUUUUUGUUGGUAAUUAUGCGCCAAAAUAUUCCAUACAAGCUGCGGUAUUAAAACCUGAAGAUGAAGCUUUAAUACCGAAAAGAAAUGCCAGUUUCGGUACUGGAGCGACCGCAGAUGAUUUUAAACAAAUACAAAAGCUUCGUACAGACACAUGGGAAGAAAUUGUUCCGCUAACCGUGUUACAGCCUGGUAAUGAAGAGACUCGCAGAAACUAUCAAAAGGUGCUUAGCGAUGAAGCCUGGACACAUAUAAGGAUCAAUAUUUUCCCCGAUGGUGGAAUAGCAAGGCUCAGCGUAUUCGGUGAUGCAAUGCCACCAGUGCCACCCCCCGACCAGUUAAUAGACUUAAUAUCAAUGCUGAAUGGCGGUAAACUACUGGGAUUUUCAAACGGACAAUUCAGUAGCCCGAAGAACUUGAUAAAACCAGAAAAAAGUCUAUCUAUGGCUGAUGGUUGGGAGACAGCACGUAGGCUGGAUAGGCCUAAAGUUAUUACUACAUAUGACAAUGGAACUAUCACCUCACCAGGAAACGAAUAUGCAGUUUUCAAACUAGGCUUUACCGGCAGAGUUAAGAAAAUAUGUGCUGAUACAACCCAGUUCAAAGGAAAUUAUCCCGAUACUAUUAGGUUUGAAGGAGUAAAUCUUGGCAACAAAGAAUGGGAAGAUUCUCAAGACAUUCCGUGGAAGACAAUCCUAGGUCCUGUUAAGCUGUCUGCAAACAGGGAACAUUGGUUUGACUGUGACUCCGACACCAUCAACCACGUACGCGUCAUUAUCGCUCCUGAUGGUGGUAUGAGCAGAGUCAGAAUGUACGGAUUCGUGGAAUCCAACCAAAUUAUGUGAUUUCCUCACAAACAUCUUAAACCGAACCGUAUUAUUGAAUCGUAUUUAUUUCAAUGCAAGCAAGAAUGUAUGGCAAAAUAUAAGGGAAAUUGUUUUUAAACAUAAUUAAAUUCUCUGUCAUAGUUGAGACUGCACAGUCUUCUUUAAAAUUAAAUCUAUUUUUAUUUUUAUAAACAACGUUACCAGGAAUUGAAUUUGUCAUUGAAAUAUGUUCGAAAUACAAUAUUUAUAUAGAAUAGACAAAUACGACACCAAAGCUUAUGAUAAUGUAUUUAGUAUAUAAUUUAUUGUUAUUAAUUUAAAUUCAAUUUGUUUUAUUAUAAAUUAAUUUAAGGUAGCACUUAAUAUAUAUGUAUUGUGCACUCGCAAUUUGUUGUAUUACUAUAUUAUGCACGGAAUUAACCAAAUGAAGUAUUAUUAGCAAUAAAUGUCUGAAAAAAUA